GCCUGUCUGCCUGCCUUGCCUGUCUGUGUCAGGGGCUGGGUUUCUCUUAUUCCAGAAGAGGGGAAAGGAAAAAAAAUAGCUGUGACAAACAUGACGAGACAAAAACAACGAUAAACAACACGAACAAAUGAGGAUUUAGAGCCUCCAGAGAACCCACCAUGGCUAUAAGGGAGCUGAAAGUUUGUCUUUUAGGGGACACAGGAGUGGGUAAAUCCAGCAUUGUUUGCAGAUUUGUUCAAGAUCACUUUGAUCACAACAUAAGCCCCACCAUCGGGGCAUCUUUCCUGACCAAGACUGUGCCAUGUGGAAAUGAACUCCAUAAAUUUCUGAUCUGGGACACAGCUGGACAGGAACGGUUUCACUCAUUAGCUCCUAUGUACUACAGAGGAUCGGCUGCUGCUGUCAUUGUUUACGACAUAACUAAACUGGACUCCUUCCAGACACUGAAAAAGUGGGUGAAGGAGCUGAAGGAGCAUGGCCCAGAAGACAUUGUUGUAGCCAUAGCAGGAAACAAGAAUGAUUUAGGAGAUAUCAGGGAAGUUCCUAUGAAGGAAGCAAAGGAGUUUGCUGAAUCAAUUGCAGCUAUUUUUAUUGAGACCAGCGCCAGAAAUGCAGUGAAUGUGGAGGAGCUCUUUCAGAAAAUCAGUAAACAGAUCCCACCCCUGCAAAAUGCUGAAGUGGAGAGCAAUGAUUCCUUCAAACUCACUCGGCAGCCCAACCCGACCACCAGGAGGUGCUGCUAGUACCCACACAGACUGAUGUGAUGAGAUCAGCUUUUUCAACACCCGGAUAAACAAAAUCCACAGUGCACAUGGCAUCCUGCCUGCCAAGAGGACAACUCUAAGGUCAUAGAAAGGGAGAAAUAGCAGUACUAAUUAGGUCUAAACACCAACUUUGAUCAUGUAAGCCAGCAGCAAUAUUAAGGUUUGUCUCCCUCUAGUGGUUGUUGGAUCAAAUCACAUUAAACACACUUUCCAGAAGAAUUUGCUCCUUAGAGGCAGUAUUUACUUCUUCAAAUAUUUCUACGUGACUCUGGGAUGAUUGUAUCAACCUUUGUGUAUUCAUAGAUUUUUUUUUUUGUUGUGCCAUCUUGUUUCACCCUUAAAGUUCACUAGGACAUUUAACAGCGCAGGUUCUAUUAGCCACAUUUAGCUGAGCUUUAGUUGAGUCAAUCACACAGUGCCUUUUCUUUUUAAAGGAAUCUUUUUAAUGCUGUAGAAUAAACCUCUUCAUGAGUUUGUUGAAGAUGUCUAUGGAAACAUUUCAUAGUGCACUACACAGGAUAGCUGUAAAUAACUGACAACAGCUUUGUUUUCUUUUUUAAGCAGGAGGAAAGGGGGUUACAUUUGUAAUGUUAAUUAAAAGUAAAACCUGAAGGUCUUCUUGUAAAAACAUGUGUUGUUGUCUAACUGAUAUCUAAAAGGUAACAUGGGAAUAAAACCCAGGUUUUUGACUUGUAGGAUCAGGUUUAAGGUCUUAGCCUACUUGUGUAAAUUAAGGUUAUAUUAACAUCCUGUUUUCUUUUUUUUUUUUCUUUUUUUUUUUUAACAGUUCUGUUCCGAUCACUUUUGAGAUUUUGACAACAUUUUUGAUGAUACCUGAUAAAAUACCUAAAGAAAAUCACUUCUACGGUUCUUCAUGAAAAAGACGAGGAUGACCAUUGUUUUUACUAACCUUUGUAAUAUUGAUAUCUCUAUACUUUGCAAUGCAACAUUGCACAGAUUCCUGCAUGGGAUGAUCUAAGUAUUGUUGUAAUGGAAAAUCAUAUGAAAUCUCAUUAUGGAACUGCCAAAUAGUAUUACCUUGCUUUUAGAAAUCCCCUCCCUCAGCAUACCAUUGAAGUGAGAUAUAAUGUGCCUUUUAUUCCACCAUCAGGCUUGUGACUACAGUCUUUCUCUGUACCAGAAAAGAGUUAUGACUUUAAAAUAAGCGUUUAAAGAGAGGUAACAGCUGCCUGCUGACAUCCGAAUGUUGAAAACCUUUUUUUCCCAUUGUGCAUUCGGAUGAUUAUGACCUUCUGUAUUUAGUAACAUUCCCAUAAGUGUUACUUUUUUUUUUUUUUUUUAGAUAAAGUUUAGCAUAGUUUAAAGUGACGACCACUAAGACAGCGAUUGCUUGUACGGUCUAACUGUACUUACAAAGUGCCCACUCUUUAUAGUUAAUCUCAUUUACUAUAUAUAUAUAAGUCAUGCAUCCGUUUUCCCAAUAGAAGAGGUUUAAUUUGUAUAUCAAAACAUUGCAGUACAGUAUUAUUCAUUAAGUUCUUGUUUAUGAAGUGUUUUUUCUCUUCUGAAAAUAAAACAUACAUUCC